UCGAACGUUGAUUUCAUAACUGAUUUUUUUUUUUCCAUUUUUCAAAAUGAGGCUGUACUUGUUCUUGGCGGCUCUGGUAGCGGCGGUUGUAAUAAUAGAAUGCAAGCAUACAUUCUUGGGCACCAACGUCCAGAGACAGAAGGUGUUCCAUAAAAAUGUGAAGUAUGGCUCAUAUAUGUUCCAGAAAAGGGUUGAAACGCUGAAAUUCAGCAUGCCUAACACAUUCUACGGGCGGGCUAUUCAGGGUAUCCUCGCCUAUGACAAGACCAAAUCAGGUGCCUCUGCCAACGUGACAGAAGGCGGUCUUGGCUUCAACUACGUGACACUGCGUAUGAAGAGCGAACGUGGACGCGAGCUCAACUAUGAUGUCUACAUUUACGCUUAAAUCAGCAUUUUGCACAACCGCCGGUCCUUCUUGUAGUAUUAUAUAUUUCUUCGCUUUCAUUAAACUAACACGGGUUAGACCCGUGCCGUUUUCGACCCGCGGUUGAAGUACCUACAUCUUUAAAUGUCAUAAAUAAAUAUCCCUACAACUGUGA